AUUAUUGUUGGUACUGGUGUCCCAUCUGCCAGUGUCUCUAUGAAUGGCAGGAUCAUCAAGCUAUCCGGUAACAAGGCCAUUGCGGAUACCGGCACCACCCUAGUCUUGUUUUCUGACGAGGUCUGCGGGGCGCUGUACAGUGCAAUCCCUGGAGCGACCUAUGACUCGACCCAACAGCGCUAUGUCUUCCCUACGAGCACAGAGGUAGAAGUCUUUCCCGAAUUUAAGUCGAGGGGCAAAUUGGCCUUUGAUAUGUUUGGCGACGAUUUUCUGAAGUCGGUUUACGCGGUA